AUGAAGCGUCGCGUUACGAUCGUGUACAAUCCGGUGCAACCGGUGCAGCAGCAACAUGGACGCCGGGUUGGCCAGCACGGUUCCCGUUGGGACCAGUCGCUUUCGGUGCAGGCGUACUCGUCGAACGUUAUUCCAUCAGCAUUAGCAUCCCCAUCCUCGCCCUCCCCCUCCUCAUCGUCCUCCCCGUCGAGUGUGAUUAGCUCGCUUUGUCUGUCCUGCAUGGCAUCGUCGGGCUCACCAUCGUCAUCAUCAUCACCGUUUAGAUUUUCAUCCACCUCAUCAUCGUCCCCGGCGUCCGUGUCGUCCUUCGCGUGCCAAAGGUGCUGCUCAAUAUCAUCCAUUUUGAAAUCGUCGUCGUCGCCGUCGCCGUCGUCGUCGUUGAGUGCCUCAGAAAAAGCAGCACAAAUUGAAGAUGCUCUUAAUAAUAACCACCACCAUCACCAUCACCAUCAUCAGCACAUUCAGCAGCAUAAUCACCACCAGCAUAAGGAAGCGAGCGGAGGAAAUUGCUGCUCGGGCUCGCUCGAAUGCGGCGCGACGGACCGGCACGACUGGUGCCGGUUUCUGGUCGUCGGGCUAAUUGCGGCCCUGUGCUAUCUGAACGGCAUCCAGGGCGACUUCGUGCACGACGACAUCCCCGCCAUCACGCUCAACAAGGACGUGCUCGGCCUCAGCCCGAUGGCGCAGGUGUUCCGGAACGAUUUCUGGGGCACGCCGAUGGCCGACCUGAGCAGCCAUAAAUCAUACCGACCGCUGACCACGCUGACGUUUCGGCUCAACUACAUAACCUUCGGGCUACGGUCGAUAUGGUUUCACGCCACCAAUGUGGCCCUUCAUGCCGCCGCCACCGUCCUCUUCACCCGCGUCUGUCUCACGAUAGCCGGCCUGCGGCGGAAUUUCGCCGUUCUGGCCGGUGUCCUCUUCGCCGUGCACCCAAUUCACACCGAGGCGGUGACGGGCAUCGUGGGACGUGCCGAUGUGCUGGCGUGUAUAUUCUUCCUAAUUUCGCUGCUGGUCUACCACGGACGCUGCCAUGAGCCGGACAUGAACUCGCUCUGGCUCAGCAUCGUGCUCGGUGGCUUGAGCAUGCUGGCCAAGGAGACGGGCAUCACCGUGUUUCUGCUGAACGUCGCCUACGACACCUACCGGAACUGGCCGGCCCUGAAGCGCGCCAUCCUCGAGAUGCGCUGGAGCGAGGAGACACACCAGUUCGGGCGGCGCGUGUCCCGAGUGCUGCUUUCGAUGGGCGUCCUGUUGGCCGUGCGGCUAGCGCUGCUGCAGGGCUCACUGCCCAAGUUUUCCCAGCAGGACAACCCGACCGCCUUCCAUCCGAACCUGUACGUCCGCCUGCUCACCUUCUGCUAUCUGGCCGCGUUUAACUGGUGGCUGCUGCUGUGUCCCUCCACCCUCAGCCACGACUGGCAGAUGGGCUCGAUCCCGCUCGUCACGACACUCAGCGACCCCCGCAACCUGCUCACGUUCGCGGCGUUCUGCGCCGCCCUGCUCUUCACCUACCGUGGUCUGAUGGAUUGCGAGCAUCAGCGUCACGUGCCGGUAGUAUUAGGGUUUCUAUUAUUAGUUCUGCCGUUCCUGCCCGCCACUAAUCUAGUUGUUACGGUGGGCUUCGUUGUGGCCGAGCGUGUACUUUACAUUCCGAGCAUGGGUUGCCUGAUUCUAGUUGUAUACGGAGCUCAGCGGAUCUGGGAGCGGUCCGUUGCCCUGCGAAAGCCAAUCGUGUUGCUGGGCGUCAUUCUGUUGACCGCCGGAACCCUGAAGACCAUCGCCCGCAACCAGGACUGGAGUUCACGCGAAGCCCUGUUACGGUCCGGCCUGAAAACGUUACCGCACAACGCGAAAAUGCACUACAAUUUCGGCAACUUCCUGCGGGACUCGUCACAACCGGAGCCGGCCAUCGCUCACUACCGCGAGGCACUGCGCCUGUGGCCGUCGUACGCCAGCGCCCACAACAACAUCGGCACGCUGAUGCCACAGUUCGCCACGGCCGAGUAUCACUUUCGGGAAGCGAUCAAAUAUUCAUCCGAACACAUUAACGCCCACUACAAUCUGGGCCAGCUGUACAGGAAAUCGAACCGAACGGCCGACGCCGUCCGGAUGCUGGAACGGUGCAUUCAGCUAGAGCCGCUGUUCGCGUCCGCCUACCUCGAGCUGGUGAAACUGUACAACGCCGGGCAGCAACCGGCCGCCGCCGGACAACUUCUGGCCCGGAUCGUCCGGCUUAGCCCGUAUAAUGCGGAUCUGCGUCGACAGUACGGUGACUGGCUGCUCGAACAAAAUAUGCUGCUGGAGGCGUUCAAACAAUACCAGGAAGGGAUCAGAAUAAUGGAAACUCAUCAAUUAUCCGUGAUUGGAGCCUGCCGCUGCCUGCGCCGAAUGGGACAACAGUCGCGAUUACAUCAAAUGGUGCUGAGAUGGCAAUUUAUAGUUCGCUUAUCGAACGGCGGCAUUCCGAUACAGAACGAUAUCUAUCUCCGUGAUUGGAGCAUAAAGCACGAGCUUCGCAACCGGGCGAUGAUAUACGACAGCGGGAGUACCAGCAGCUCCACCGCCUCCACCACCACCUCGUCCACCACCAGCCCUGACACCGUGAACGCAAUCGGUGACAGCUAUCCCACCGCCGGCAUCCGACCGAAGGAAGACACCAGAAGCGGCAGCAUAAAAGAUUGCGCUGCAGUUUAUCCUGCAAAAUACAUUGACGAAACGGUGGAGCACAGCCCAACCCAUGCACCAUCAGAAUCGAGCGGAAUAAGCAUACGAAUACUUCGAACGCCACACUGCAACCGUUCCGAGCAUCUACCCAGCUCGUUAAAGAGCUGCAAGCUGGCGGGUGGCACCGUGCACCAUCCUCCCGUUCCUGGCGAGUGCAAAUCUUCGUCCUCCUCCUCCAGUACUGAAUCGCCAACGAGUUCAUCCUCGAACAUCAGUAAAAACAAUGGCAAAUCGAAAAAGUGGUCCAAAACACGCCACAAACCUAAGCGACAGCAGCAACCGACCUCAACCAGCUCCGGAAAGCUAGAUCCAAACGGUGCACUGGCUCCACUGUUGGUUUCGAAUCUCCUCGAUAAGCUCUAA